AGUGUGUAUGAGGAUGAUCCCCAUGCGGUUAAUCCCAAUAGCAUCCGGGAAAGAAAAUUGCAGCAACAGGUAUGAUUGGUUAUAGUUAUUGUUCUUGACAUUUUAGUACAAUUUCACACAAUCGAUGACCGUUUUCAUUUACUCCUCAAAUCAUUUCCCUGGUUUUGAAAACUUGUUGACUGUCUGUGUGAAUUAAUCACCAGUACCAAAAAUAACUUAAGUUACUAUGACACCUAAAGUGGUCAAAACUUGUAGGGUUGGUUACCAUCAGAACUGAAGGCUCUCGACACAAGCACUCUGAAAUUAUUUUUCAGUAGCCUUCUCUCAAAUGUAAAUGAAAAUUCAAGGGAAUACAAAGUUAUUGACCUUUGGAUUUACGAAGCUGGUGUACAGUGUACUUUUAGUCCAAACGUGCAAAACAUUUUGUUAAUGAACAGAAAGUUUUGAUGUAAGAGGUUCAUCCAAAAAGUAAAUUGAAUAAGAAUCAUACUCACCAAGCCAAAUGAGUGAUGUAAAAUACAGUGUGUCAACACUUGACCAAAAAGAUUUCCUGAUUGCCUCAGUGUGUUUAGUCGAUUUCAAACAUGGAACUUUACUUCUGCUGAAUGUAAUUUGUUUGUAAGGAAAAUCUACUACAGUUGGUCAAUGUCAUUACAUUUGACACAGGCCUUAUUAUUUCCAGCUCUGCUUUUCAUCUGAUAAGUCCUUAAUUUACCACUUCUCAGCCAUCAACACAUACUGUACAAUGAGAUGAAUAUUAGUUUUUUAAUUUUAAUUUUUCAGAGAGAUCUUAUGAGAAAAAAGCAAGAAAUGAAGAGGGCGCAACCAGGUUAGUGCCUUUAAAAGAAAAUCUUAUCUCCCCCUUCACCUUCGUGGAGUUAGACUGAGCAUUUGUUGUAUAACAAUGUUUUAAAAGCAGGUUUAAAUAAUGGUGCCUACAGUACAUUGUUGUUAUACAUUAACUUUAUUUUUUCCAGGAAUUUAAAAAUGUUAGGAGGUGGAUUAAAUGAAAGCUCUCAUGCAAGUUGUAAUUUNACAGAAAGUUUUGAUGUAAGAGGUUCAUCCAAAAAGUAAAUUGAAUAAGAAUCAUACUCACCAAGCCAAAUGAGUGAUGUAAAAUACAGUGUGUCAACACUUGACCAAAAAGAUUUCCUGAUUGCCUCAGUGUGUUUAGUCGAUUUCAAACAUGGAACUUUACUUCUGCUGAAUGUAAUUUGUUUGUAAGGAAAAUCUACUACAGUUGGUCAAUGUCAUUACAUUUGACACAGGCCUUAUUAUUUCCAGCUCUGCUUUUCAUCUGAUAAGUCCUUAAUUUACCACUUCUCAGCCAUCAACACAUACUGUACAAUGAGAUGAAUAUUAGUUUUUUAAUUUUAAUUUUUCAGAGAGAUCUUAUGAGAAAAAAGCAAGAAAUGAAGAGGGCGCAACCAGGUUAGUGCCUUUAAAAGAAAAUCUUAUCUCCCCCUUCACCUUCGUGGAGUUAGACUGAGCAUUUGUUGUAUAACAAUGUUUUAAAAGCAGGUUUAAAUAAUGGUGCCUACAGUACAUUGUUGUUAUACAUUAACUUUAUUUUUUCCAGGAAUUUAAAAAUGUUAGGAGGUGGAUUAAAUGAAAGCUCUCAUGCAAGUUGUAAUUUUACAUCCAUGCACUUAAAAGAUAGGAAACCAUUGUUUUCCAGAGUUUCCAAAUCUUGUUAGUCCAUUACUGUAAAAGGUGAAAAAGGGAUCUAAACCAAUUUAAUACUGGAACUUUUGACAGUUGAUUCAUAGGAUUCGGAGAAAUGAUGACAAUUAGUCAGGAGGGAAUAAUUCAAUUAGAUGUAAAGAAUAUUAAGUUGUCUUUCUGGCAGUUGUGGUCUCUAAUUAUGUCAGUCUGUAUCUCCAAUUUUUAACAGCCAUUGUUUUCAGAACUUAGUGCUUAAAUAUAACAAACGCAUUGUUGGACCAGCAAAAUAAUGUUGUACAUGUAAUGUCAUGGGAUUGUUUAUGUGGUGCACCUGGCUUUUAAUUAAGGUGUAUGUGUAGCUUAGGUCAAAAGGCUGUAGUACUCGCGUGUGUAUUUUUGAGAUUAAUACAUUUUUUUAAUCAGUUAUUCUAAAUUUUCAUUUUGUAAAGUUCAAUCAAACCAAAGGUGUGAACAAAUGUGGUGUGUGUAAUUUGUAUCCAUUAUCCAUUUAUAAACGUUUAUUUCAUAAAAUUCAGGGAUGGUUCAAGCAAAUGAUGUAGUUCGUCCAGUGUCCCGUCACUCUGAAAGAAGUCCUCUUGUCCUGGGUGGUACACAGCUUCAUGGUGAGACAGUGAAAUAUGUUUUUAUCACUGGAAUUUUUUUCCUUAAAAACAUCCACUUGUCUUUGGCCUCUCCAAGAAAUAAAACUUUUUCUUGCAGAGUCUUUGAGUUGGGAAAUAAAUUGUUUUAAACACUGAUACCUGCAUAUGUAGACCAUUACUUUGUUGUCAUUUAAACAACUAUAUGUGAUGUCUAAUGUUGCAUGUGCCUCAUAUACCUUUUUUUUUACAGACUUGUAAAAACACAUCUGUGCAUUUUAUGAUUUUAACUCAAAACUUAUGCCAACUCUACAAAUUGUGCAUUUAAGUGAAGUUCAAACAGAACAUUAUUUUACGCAUUGUACUCCAAACUUUGUCAGUUGUGCAGUGAUGAAAGUACUGUACAAGAUUUACUUCAAAGCCCAAUUUGUAGUACAAUACAUUUGUUGCAAAUGCUGUAGUUAAUUUUUUAUCUCAGGUAAUUUUUAUUUUUCCUUUGUAUCAACUUCAUUAGUAUACAUAACCUUACCCAAAAACAAAAGAAAAAUAAAAAUUACCUGAGAUAAGAAUUCAACUGCAACACAAAUCACUUUCUGACCAGUUCCUUGGUAAACCAGUUAAUUUUCUUUUGCUCAAAUCUCAAUAAUAGUUAUAAUUCAGCCGUUCCCUAGCAACAUUAGCCUAGCCUAGCAUUACUGUUUGUUUGUUGUUAUACUGUAGGUAUUGAUGGUCCAGUUACCAGUACUUACAGUGCACCUCCAGAACCUGCUGUUGGUGGUCUGCUGGUAAAUGUUGGAUCAGAGGAGGUCGAACCACCACCACGAACAAAAGUAAAUUUAUGAAAAUUGUAUAAAAUAUUUGUAUAAAAUUAAUGUAGCUGACAGCUUCACAUGUUGGCUUAUGCAUGUGCAUGUGAAUGUUUUGACAGCAAGGUUAACAGUUUCAAAAGGUGCUUGAAUUUUCCCCCAAAUUACAAAAACACGAAGCAAAUUUAUGCAGUAUGGAUAGCAAUUUUUUAUAAAAAAGAAUUGUUUACACUGUAAUUGGUUGGCUAGACUCUACAUUAUUUGCUGGAUGUUUUGUGCAUGGAUUUAUAUUAAAUCCUUUAUCAGACCUGUCAACUCUCAUGAUAUCGCCGUAAGUGUCAGGAUUAAUUUUUUUCUAUCUUUCUUCACAGACUCCCAACAAGACUCCCAAUCUCAAGGGGUUUUUUGGGGGUGGGAGGCUGGGGCGGAAUCAUUUGGAAGUGCAAUUGUAUACUCCACCUUGUUGAAUAAAAAACUAAAAAUUUAAUGGGGAAUCCUAGUGCCAUAAACUAAAGCAAUCAAUGACAGUGGUGUAAUAAAAAUUAACACUUACUGUUCUUACCAAAUAGUGGGAAUUUUGCUUCUGUUUACCGUUAAGGCCUAGCUACUUAGUACUAGUCCAGAAGUUAAGCAUUAAUAUUUAAAUCAACACUUUACCCCAAUGGAAAAAGGGUUCAUAAUUUUAUUCUUUAGCAGGAAAAAUAGCCUCACACUAUUUUUUGUAGAAAUUAUCUCCAGGCAGGUUUGUGCAUGUACCUUUUACUUCAUUGGAACACUGUACAAAAAUAUAUUUUUCCAUUUUGCCAAAAGUAGUAUUACGCUUAAGGUUUCCUUCAUUUUAAAGGUAAUUUUUUUGGUGUUUAUGGUUAUGACAGUCCCAUUUAAAAGAAACACAUAAUUUUUACCUCUACUUCAAAUUAUUAUUUGCAGCACACCACUGAUACUGAACGCAAGUUAGCAGCAAUGGGCAUUUCCUCAAGUGCAGAUUUUGCAGGCUUCAAGGAUGAUUUUGAUGAACCUGAGUUAACAUCACAAGUCAUAGCUCCAGCAAGAGCAAGAACACCAUCGCCAAACUUUCAAUCAACGCCACCACCCUCAUAUGAUUCUGCUACAAAGACAAAAAAGGUAUUAACAGCUAGUAUUCAAGGUUGGGGUCUGAGAAAAUUUGAGAUAAGCCCAGUGCUCUGAACUUGUGCGUGUAUUUCAUGUAAAGAUCAUGAAUAUUUUUGCUGUAACUUUGAAAUAGUGUGGUAUUUAUUUGCUACUGGAUCAUUUUGGUGUUGGUGUUAAGUGUUGGAAGAAUUUAUAGGUUGUAGUACACAAUGUAGAUGAUUAAGAAAGAACAAGUUAUUAUAUUAUAAAUACAUGCACAUGUAUGUUCUGCAUUUUACAUGUAAUACAGUUCCUUUAGUCUGAUCGAGAUGACGACUAGUUCCAAUUAAUAAUGAACUAAAGAUAAAAUAAUUUAUGGUAUGCUUUAAGUUCAAACCGAGCUUAAUCCAUUUCAGAUCAUUAUUAUGUUCCUUUAUGUACAAUGUAUAUAAAAUAUACAGUGAUAGUAAUAUUUAAACAGUAGCAGGUGGCUACACUUUAUGUCGUGACUAAUAAGUUGUAAUGAAUAAUGUAUUAAAAUACAGCACUUUUACUACUCACUGUUUAAAUGGCAACAAUAAUAAUUUUAUGUUGUUUUUACUUUGUAGCCAUCAAUUGCCAAUAGCAGAGAAUCACCCGAUGUCGAUGAUCUUGAAAAAUUUGUAUUUGAGUAAGUGCUAAAUCAGAGAGAUUUAAAGUCACGUUUGUGGUAAACAGCAUAUAUCAGAUUAAAGUUGAAAAUUUCCCACUGAUAAGCAGAUUAAAACAGUACAAACCAGUUGUUAUGGAUAAAAUUGGUGCGUUGGUCAUGCGGUGCAAAUUCAUGUUUGCCAUUUGCUGACUAAAACGUGACUCUCCAUCUCUCUAAUAAAUAAUGCACUCCUCUCCUGUUAAGAGAGGUAAAAUAAUGAUCAUGCUUUCUUUUAUUAUUUUUGAUAGCCCAGCCCCACAAGGCACCACAAUUAAAUGCAGAAUAACUAGAGACAAAAAGGGAAUGGAUAGAGGAAUGUAUCCCACAUAUUUCCUCCAUAUGGAAAAAGAUGAUGGAAAAAAGGUACUAUACCUUAUGUUUCUUACAGCAAAGGAGCAUUCAUAUUUUGUAUUCUGUUUACUUUGAAUCAAAGCAGCCAUUUUUUACUCAAAUUCAUUCCUUUUUUUGUGGAUUCAGAACAAAAAGUUUGCCUUACUCGUAAUUCCUGGAUUGGCUCAUACCCUUGCCCUCAGCUACAAUUUUUUCCAAAUGUUUUUUACUAACAUAAGUUUCAUUUUCUUUGUCAUAUCAUGUUGUGUAGUGGCAUUUUAACUUAAAAUAGAAAGAUAUUUGAAAUAAAAGGGAGGCAAAUGAUGAAUGUCUCCGCAUGUUAAUAAUAGUAAACACAAUACCACAUGGAAAGUGUUCUGUACGGUAUUUACCACUCUUGUUUUUUACAGUUUUUAUAAAUUAUGUCUGUUGUGCACUUGAAAUUUUAUUGGCUUGCUUUGUCAUAUAAGCCUGAAACGUAACAGUGUUUGUCAAAGAAAAUAAAGCAUUUUUUCUUGUAAUAGUAUUAAUUCUUGCAUGGAAGAAAACACUUUCAACGCAGAGGUUGCUGCUUACCUAUGUGACAGAUUGAAUUAACUUCACCAUUUUUUCAUAUCGCGUGCCUAUGAAUAGUGUCCAAGAGAAAAUGAAACAUGACUUCUUGCAUCAAGAAAAAUAAUUUUUUUGAUGCAACAGACCACGGCCUAUUUUUCUGAUGCAACAGGUCACACACUUCACCUAAGUUAUGUUACAUAGCACACCGAUGGCCCAAUAUUAUUACCCUUAAAACUCAUUACAUUGUUUUAUCAACCAGUGAUACCUGUAGUGUCUCUGUACAUUGCUAUAUAUACAUGUAUGCCCUUUAUUUUCAGAUGUUUCUUCUGGCUGGUCGUAAGAGAAAAAAGAGUACAACAUCAAACUAUCUUAUAAGCACAGAUGCAACUGACCUCUCAAGAGGUGGAGAAAGUUUUAUCGGAAAGUUAAGGUAGAGUAUCUUCAAGCUCUUUCAAAUUUUUCUUUAAAUGUUCUUAUCAUAAUUGCUCCAUGUAGAGAAUGUAUGUGGUUACCAAAUAGUUAAUUUUCUCCGAAAGAGAUCCAUUUUGCUUUUGCGUAAAUGGACAGGCCUGGAUUUGAAAAGAAAAUGAUUUUUAGGGACUGAGGACACAUGUCUGAACAGGUCACAAUAAUGUAGUCGGUCAAAACAAAAUAAUAAAGUCUACAGACAUAAAUACAGUAAAAACCCAUGAGUAAAAACCUGCAUUGUGUGAAGGAAAAAAUUAAUUGCAGCUAAUAAACAUUCUUGGAUGAGGUUUUUGUGAUAUCCAGAAUAAUCAAGGUUGAGGAAAGUGUUGUCAGUCAAUGCAAUCCAAAGGCUGAGGAUGAUAAUACUUACCGAGACCUUGAUUAUUUAGGAUAUCACAUAAAUUGAAUCUAAUAAUUGUUUUAUUUUAUACUUUAUUUUGAAGAAAAUAACGACAAACACACUGUCGCAAGGGAUCUGAGUUUAUAUUGUUAUUGGAAACCAUGCAGUGCACGUCUGAUUACAGAUGUAGUCAGUUUAACUUAUCUGUAGGUUACGCUGAUUUCCAAAAUAAGCUGUAAACUCUUACCCAAUGAGAAGUCAGAUAAUGAGUACAAUGUAUAAUAAGAGUAUUAAGUGGUAGUCAGCUUUCCUUAUACAUGUAAAAUCUGCAUUACAUUACAUUUGCAGUUGGACUGAUAAGGGACCUAUGGUAUGUCAGUCUUUAAAGUAGGAUCUUGAAUGUGGACUAAUAUAUCUUAUUUGCCUCGGUACAGGUGGUGUACAGAAUUUUUUUUAUAGAGAACCUGUUUCAAAUUAUAAGCUAGGGAGGUUCUUGUAUAGAGGGGGCCUUUCUGGCAGCCCAACAGGUUCUUUACUCUCUGUUUUUAAUCCUCUAGGUGUCAAUAUCCACAUACAAAUUCUCCAAACUAGUCUCUAUACAUUUCCAAAAAGAAUAAGUAAAGAGAAUUUGAUAAAAGAUAAAUGCAUUUUUUCUCAGGUGAUUAUUUGAUCAAUUCUCACAACCUAUUUUCUUGAUUGUGUAUUGAUAUUGUUAUGGAGAAAAUUGAUGUUUGUCACUCUUGGGACUGAUAAAUAUUGUAUUUUACUUCAAAUUUAUACUGGUCAUACCCAAUAUGACCACUGGGUGCUGUUGGACAAGGGUUAGCAUUUUGAUCUGGCGACUAACAUUUUUUGCAGCUUUGGUGGAUCAAAUAUACUAACACUCUUUUCCAGGCCAUUAUAUUACAAGACAUGACAUUCAUAAUAUCAUAGUACUGUGUACAAUUUCUUGGCAUGCAGGUAGCCAAAAACGCUAGCUGUGGCGUGCGGAAUUAAUUCUUUUAGAAAACAGAUAUAAAAAGCAAAGAGAAAAGCAAAAAAAUAAAAAAGAGAGAAAAAAGAAAAGCAAAGAGAAAGGAAAGGAAAGAAUAUUUGUGGUAAAGUCAAAAGCAAGAAAGACAAGUCUGUUUAAUGCAAGUCGUGAAAGAAGCUAGUAUGAAAUUUAAGAUUUUGCGAUUUUAUUUCUUGGGUUGUAUUAGCACGGUAAUUUCAUCAGAACAAUGCCAGUCGUUAAUAAACAUGUUAUGGUUGUUUCCUUACAAUCACAAGUUGCCAAAACAAUAUUUUAAAGUAUUUUGUUCAAAGAAGCCCCAGCUUUGUUAUUGGGAGCUUAUAAGUUAAGAACAUUUUGGUGUUCAACAAAGUUGAGAAAGUUUUUUGGGAAGCACCAUAAUUAAAAAAUUAACAGAAAUAAUUAUUGCCAGAGCUAAACUUUCUCUCACAAUUUUUUUAAACAAUGCAGGAACCUGGUUCUGAUAUGGGAAUCAGAAAAGCUAGAAAUUAAAGAAAAAUUGCUUAAAGUCUUCAUUUUGCACGUGUGCAACGUACUAUUUCUGAAUAUUUUUCAUUUUUUUUCUUGUUACAGAUCUAAUUUAGUGGGAACAAGGUUUACUGUGUUUAACAAUGGUGUUAACCCUAAGAAGGGAGGGUGUAUGUCAGAUGGCUCAAAUAUCCGUGAAGAAGUAGCAGCAAUUAUUUAUGUAAGUGAGGUGUUUGUUGGUGGAGAAAGUACUUUUUGUAAUUUGCAGCAAAAAGACUUACAUUGUGUAAUGUUGUACAUCAUUAAAUUGCACAGUGGUUUAAAAAAAGAAGUCCUUUAUUUUUUGGCAUUUUAUUCACUCUCAUGUGGUCCAGAAAACCUGGUUGGAAGUCAACAGUAAUUGUUGUACCACUUUUUUUUACCACCUUUUCUGGACACAGGCCUGCCCAGGGGGGAUGGGCACAAAUGGGGCGCAGGUCCCAUGCGAGGUGCCAUCCCUACCCAUUAAUCCCACAACCUGGAAAGGUUAGCCACACCACUGGGGUCUACAUCCCCUACUCUUUUCAAACAGUGGUGUGGGUCCUUUUACAUCUCAAAUGAAUAGAUCAGUGAAAGUGCUGUGAGACGGGAGCUAGCUACGGUUUUUUGUCCUUACUUGAGAAGACUAGAAAGUGUAACCAUUUGCAGAUCUCAUUACAAAGGCAGCACUUUCUUCCCUUUCUUUUCCUCCUGCUUGGCGGACCAGUGCUCUCCCAACUGAGCUAACCAGGCAGCGCUUGUGAUGUCAUCAGAUUUAAUGCUUGUUGCACAACUUUUGCAGAGCAAAGAACUUUUCCCAUGCAUGAUCGUCAUUAGUAACCCAGGUGGUAAAAUAACAAAAAGCAUUCAGAAAUUUGUAUCACUUUGUAUCCCUUACUUAUAGAAUAUUCAUACUCUACAAAGUUUUCCAAAAAGCCUUUCAGUAGUAAUGAAGCCGAGAGAGAGACCUGUGCAAAAGAUGCUGUACAAUUGAUGCACAUCAUAAAAAGUUACAGAAGUACCCAUUUAUUAUGCUUCUCCACACCAUUAUCACACAAUGGCCAUUACAUUUUAGAUGUGGCCCUUAACAUUUGAAAGCCAGGGCCCAUUUAUAUAUACCUGUUUUGCCUUCCCAGUCUAUGUAAACUCCAAGUCUGGAAGGGUAGGCCCCCCUGACUUACCUGAAGUUUCUGGGCCCAGUUGAUCGAAAGGUGGAUAAUGCUACCAUGUAUCCACUGUAUAAAUCUUGUGGAUAAUGCAAUUGACUUGUAUCAAAUCAUUAUCUUACAUGUAAAAACUAACAUGGUGAAAUCAGUUAUCAGCCACUUUGACCGGGCGAUCCCGCACCUAUUUGAAAGAUUGUUUUUUAUUAGCUGGGAGAACAAUAGGGGUUAAUGUCACAAUAAGGAUGCCCCUAUCCCUGAAAACAAUGGAAGUGCAGAUUAAAGGGGUCCUGAGGGAAAUAAGAGGUUUAGAACAGUGAAGGUCUACUCCUUUGACCUAGGAUAAUAUUUUUGUAUACUGAGUGGCAAUUUAACAGCUGGAUUUAAUUUGUCUUUAAUUAUCAGGAUACAAAUGUACUUGGAUUUAAAGGUCCCCGGAGAAUGACUGUUAUUCUUCCUGCGAUGGAGGAAAGAGUUGUUGAUCAACAAAAGAUACCCAUGAGAAUACCUGUGCGUCCACUGACGGUAUGUUCAUUUCAACAGCAAGUUGUUUACAAGAGAUUUCAGGGGGUCAAGUGUAGCUGUACUUUGUCAUUUCCUUCUUGUAUAAGUUUUGCUUAUAACUUUAAUCAUUAUACACAGUGAAUUGCAUGUACAUGCAUAAUAUAGCUCAUAUUCAGGGCCGAUAGAGCAGAUUUUCAAGUGGGGGGGCUAAUGCUACAAUCAAUAAAUGCAAACUUAAUGUCCUUUUUUAAAGACAACUUUCAUUUAUGCUGCCAUUUGGUUAUGACUUUAGCUGCCUGAUGGUUUUAUAGUUGGAAAAAAAGUCACCUCUAGCACCUGUAUCAUGGAACUAGAAAUAAGAAGUUAUUGUUUAUUAUUUGCUGCCUACAUCUUUAGGAUGCUGAUGGUUUGUUGGAAAGAUACAAGAACAAAAGAAUGGAAAACCUUUUGGAAUUACACAAUAAAACCCCUGUGUGGAAUGAUGGUAUGUACAAGUCUAAACUGUAAGAAAAAAAGAAUGAUGCAGUUUGUUUGAAUGGCAUUGUUAUUGCACUUUUGGCAGUAUGAAUCAAGCGUGAUUCAACUGCAUCUUCACGGGAUUAAAAUGAAAGCUAAUAGAGCUUUUCCUUUGUUUAGAUACACAGUCAUAUGUCCUUAAUUUUCAUGGAAGAGUGACACAAGCUUCAGUAAAGAACUUUCAGAUUGUUUUAGAUGCAGAUGGUAAGUAAAAAUUAAAAAUGCAAGAAGCGACUAGAAGUAUUGUUGGGACUGCAUUUCCUCAAUGUUAUUAUAUUAAUUGUUGAUUGCAUCAGAUAUGAAUAGAAUAUUAGUGGGAUCUCUGUUAACAUGCAUUGAAUUGUAUGCAAUAGACCUUUCUAUCUGCAGCUACUGUCAAGUGCUCUGAUUGAUAAACCAAGUUUGAAAAAUUGUUCUUUUACUGAGAGUUGCAGGGUUGUUGAAAUCCAAUUCUCAAACUCAUUAAUAAUUCAUUAAGAAAAUACAAAGGAAAUUAAUGUUUAAUGAGUGUUUGGAAAUCGGAUGAAACACUGCUUAGUAUUUGCAUCCUUAAUUUCUCCUUCAAAAAUGAUUUUGUUUUUUCAUCACCAGAUGAAACACCUCGAAGUUCGUCAAAAAUACUCCGCUGCGCGUCGUAUUUUCAACUCUCUUCUCGGUGUUUCAUCUGGUGAUGAAACACUGCAUCUCAUGUUUGAUAUAGUACUUGAAAUAUAAUGUAUGAUCAUCACAGGGCAAAGGUCCAUACAUGCCUGUUUUCUCUUGGCCUUAGAACUAUGAACUCUGUUACAUGUGCACUCACUGAGUAAGUAAGGUGAUUGCUUAAAAUCAUUUGAGCGAAUUUUCAAGUAAACAAUUUGCAUUCUUUUACUGAUGAAUUGUAAAAGGGACAAAGUCCAGUAUCUUCACAUGCUAGAUUACUGUGUGAUAACUUGAAUUCCCUUACGUACGAACUACGAAAGGGGCAAAGCCCAACACUCACGUGCAAACUGUAACUGUAAAUCUCAUGCAAUCUGGCUUUUCACCGUAGUAAUAUUAACUUAAAUAUGAAGACCUCUUUAGUUUUGUAACCAUUGUGCCUUAAGUAAAGGCUCUUUUCUUUUAAGAAGCACAACAACUUAUAACAGUUGCAGAAUCAAGUCAUCAUGAGAGUGAAAGUCUGUUUCAUUAGUAGAAUCGCACAUGACAACCUCAUCAAUAAGGAGUGCCUUAUUAGUGAAAUUGGUUCCAUCUUGGUGAAAUCCUAUUCAAUCCCUCUCAUACGUUGCAGUGCAUCGUGAAAAACGCUUUGUUCCUGCAUUUCUUCAGGGUGUGCCAAAACCUAUGUCCGAUGGUCCAGGAUGGGUAGAAAUUUAGUUCAGACAUGUAAACCUUUGACAUGACUUGUCCAUGGGAUAAGCACAUUUUUAAAUUAAGAAAAAAUACAGGAACCAUUGAAAAUUGACUUCAAAUUACAGUAGAAUUAAAAUUUAUAUUAGUCAUAAAAGCAAACCUCAUGCUGGAUGAAAUGAGGUCAAAUAUUCCUUUUAACUUUGCCAUUCUACAGCCAUUUCAUUUGUUUUUCUGGUCUUAGUAACCAGGCCUUUUAAGACAUUAGUCAUUCCUACUAUUAAGAUUGCGCAUGAUAUUAUAUUUAGGUUUAAAUUAUAUUUACAAGGUUAAUAAUGUGAUUAAAAACAUAUUAAAUGCCCGACAUUUUUUGGAGUUUCAAGUUUCAAAACCUUUUGGACCAGAACUCUUGGGUUUUGGACAGCAAAAUUUAAUAUAGUGCUUGUCUGAAGGACAAGUGGAUAGGAAAAUUUUUCUCUUACUCGGUUUUUGAGGUCUGUAUCAAAUACCCAUUUGUUACUUUGAGUCUGGAAAAAGAAAUUAUUGUUUUGGGAAAAAGUCUGGAAAAAGUCUUGAAUUUUGGAUCCAAAAUCUGUACAAACCCAGUUAUGCACUUGUAAUUUUCUUGGUGCCCUGGAUAUCAGGUUUAAAAAAAUUCGCAUUGUAUUUGAUCCUUUGUAUUUUUGCAUUUUAUUUUUUUGUAGUUGAUUAUAUCAUUAUGCAGUUUGGCAGAGUGGCAGAAGAUGUUUUCACAAUGGAUUACAGCUACCCAAUGUGUGCUAUUCAAGCAUUUGCUGUUGCCCUGAGCAGUUUUGAUGGGAAGUUGGCUUGUGAAUGA